AUGGUUGCAGAAUCUUUGGCAAUUGUUGGAGCAGUUUUGGAUAUUGAAAUUGUCGAGACUAUUAUCUGGCCUAAGUUAUUGUCUCUGCUCAGCGAUACUGAUGCACGAAUUCAUGCAGCAACUCUAAAGACAAUAUCUCUGAUUUUGCAAGCACACAAGGGUGAAUGUCAAACAUCUCCACUUUUCAAGACACUUUUUCCUCCUGUUUUUAUCUCUGAAUGCCGAUUUGCAAGAGCGGCAGCUGAGAAAGACCAAAGAAAGGUGGAUGAUGACACAUAUUUGCUCUUGGAAAUUUUCUCAACGUGCUUCGGCCCUCUGUUGUUCGCUGCUCACCAAUACCUUGACGACCAGAACGGCAAAGAUCACGCAUUUCAGGCCUUCAUGUCAAUGUCGACAUGCAAUGGACCUAUCGUUCGGCGGUAUUGUGCCUUUAACCUUCCAGGAGUCGCUGAAAGUCUUAAGAAAGGGUACACGCCUGGUCUCUCUGGUAUUGCAGAGUUUUUGGCCAAAGACGCAGACCCUGAAACACGCUGGAAUCUGGCAGCUGGGGUUCAUGAAACCUGUCGAAUUCUUGUCGGAAAUGGUUCUGUUGACAGAUUGUUUCACACAGUCAUUUCAUUGCUUCAAGAUAAGAACCAGCUUGUGCGUAGGAACACUCUAGAGCACUUUCAAGAAAUUUUGGUUUCCUUGUCGACAGACAAUGAUGUUGCAAAUGUCCGCAAGCUCACCCCGAUGUUUCAGAACCUGACUUUGCUCGCUGAAGGCAACUGGAGAACGCAACAGUUACUUGCCCAACAACUGGAAAGAUCCACAGAAUUGGUGCCUCCUCAAUGCUUGCGCGCAAACGUCCUUCCGUUGCUAUGUUCAAUGGCCGAGGAUAGUACCUACUUGGUGAGGAAGGCUGCCAUGCGAGCCAUAGCCCGAGCUAUUCGAUGUCUUCCGAAUUCCGUUGAGAGAGGACAGGAAAUGAGCAACUUUAUCUCAGAGUGGGCGCGAGGAGGAGUGUACUGGAUGAGAAUCGCGUUUAUUGAUUGCGCGGCUUCUGCAUUGCAGGUAUGCAGCUCCUCUCUGUUUGAGAGUCUCUUUGCUAAGUCUCUUUUUGAGCUGGCGCAAGACAGCGUCGCAAACGUGAGGCUUCGUCUGGCCGGCAUGAUCCAUGAAGCGGCGUUCCCAUGCCACAACAAUGCUUUGUUUAGAAGCGCCAUCGACCGCCUAUUGCAGGAUGAGGAUGAAGAUGUCCGAUACGCAAUAGAGGGGGUUGAUGAGCGAAUGAAACAAAAGCUGAGAGACAUGAGUUCGCUGGAUCAUGAGGACGAGCAAAGAGAGAAGGCGGAGAGACAGAUUCAGGAGCGGGCGGAAAGGCUGAAGGUGGAGUCCCGCAAGAAAGGAGGAAGGGCAAAGGUUAACCUAUUCUUGCGGAAAGCUUCAAGGCCGCAGUUCGGCCAUAUCAGCAGUCAGAAUGACGCAUCUCCAACGUGCGUCACUCAGACAAUAGGGUUCGGCGAGGCAAGCGGUGGGGCGAAUGGUUCCUUGGCACAGGCGGGACCAAGCAAGACCGCUGCGGGGUCUUCGGGAACGCCUCGCAUGGGUAGGUCUCCGUCCCCCACUUCCCCCACUUCUCCCACUUCCCCUACUUCCCCCACUUCCCCUUUAAGUCCAAAGAAGAACUUCAAGAAAGCCUUUGGACGGUCGGGAGAGGAGGGAGGCCUUCCAUCUUCACCAAGAUGGCAUGCAAGGUCAUUGGCGGGAAGGGGUGAGGAACAGCUUCCUCUUUCGCCAGGGGGUCGACUGAAGACCUUGCUCAGCAAUGUCGUUUCUGGAAACAGGAAUAGAACAUGA